AUGGACACGGCGACAAAUUUCAACAGCAAGAUAAGGUAUCAAACCACCACUACCGCCACUUCUGCGGGUCAACCUAGUUACUCUUCAACAUCGACAGCGUCGACAAACCGGGGUAUUCAGGUCUCAACCCUACUGCAAGAGUCGGAGCUUGUGCCCUCUGUGCCAUUUGCUCAGUUUCAAGCAACACCAGCUGCUUUUGGUCCGCCUUCUUCAACUCCUUCACCUUCUUUCUCUUCAGUGUCUAGUACAAUGCGACGAUCAAGCGCCAUGGCUGAGAUUCCUCUCCCCAUCACAUACACGCCCACUACUCAUCGAAUUAGCAAAGCGAAGAAGGGAAAGCGAGUCCAUGCCUGCGAGUUUCCUGGCUGCAAUAAAGUAUUCACCCGCGCAGAGCACCGACGGCGCCAUGAGCUGAACCACAACCCUGAAGCUUCAUUCCCGUGCACAUACGAUGGUUGCCGUAAAGCUUUCCACCGAUCUGACCUCUUGGCCCGCCACAUGGAAAGACACGAGCUCGAGGGGCAGUCAGACAGCGGAAUGCCGCGGCAAUGGCGACACCAGAGCAAAUCUGCCUCUAUCACCUCUGCUCCCUCAAAUAUGGUAACAUCAGUGCCAAUUGACGUGACUUCUGCGUCUUAUCCAACUAGUCAAGUUUCAACUCCGUUGUCAUCAGCCAGCCCUGUGAUUGGAGGUGGAAUUCACCCGGACCUCGCCAAUGAUAUUUCUCUACCGUGGAACGGCAUGGAGGUCCCGCUUCAACCGCGCCCAACGGUCUUCGGGAAUCAUAUUCGUGACUCUCCAGAUGAUUUGCCUUUCUACUCGUCUCCAGAUACAUGUGGCUCACCAGCUUCCGAUGCAGCUGGAUACGUGCUGCCACCGCAUCCCUCCUCUGCUCCAACCUCGGUCAUGGAGCCGUUCCACUAUUCGGAUUUGACCGCUUCUCCUUUGCAGCUCCCUGCAGCACGUGAGUGGGACAACCUGGAUGUCGUCUCUUCGGCCCCUAAUAUGAUGCCCCUCGCUUUAGACGGCAACCAGUUGAUUCAUCCAGUAGAGUCUACAUUGCCAAUACCACUCUCCACCUUGGAUGGAGAUGAGUGGUACGCCCUACGAAGAGAACUUACUUCCGCACCCGGGGUCGUUUCAGGAAACGACGGCAUGGAGAUCAUUGACACUGUGAAGUGGCAAGAUUGUCUCGAGUGCUACUGGCAACAUUUCCACCCCUUAUUCCCCAUCGUCCAUCGCCCAACUUUCUUUGCGACGAAGCCAAGUCCGCUGAUGGCCGGCGCUAUGGUUGCGAUUGGCUCGCAGUACGACACACGGCCAAAUGCCAAGGAGUAUUCCUUAGUCCUUCUCGAGGCAUGCUUAAAGCUGCUUGUAAAAAGGCCUGCUAUUACUAGCCGCUCGCGUGUGACUGAUAUUCAAACCGUCUUCCUGCUCGAAUACUUGUCAAAGUUCAGAUCACGGAAGGCUAAUGUACAAAUCUCGCACCGGUUUCGCAGCUUGUAUGGUAGUUUCAUGCAAGACAGGCAUUGGGUGCAUGUUAACCCUCUGGCUGUUCUGAAUACGCUACCACAAGACUGUUCGCAGGAAGCCCGCAGAAGGGCACAGAAAUUCUGGGUUGAACACGAAGCGCGCCGUCGAGUCUUGCAAGCUGCAUUCAUUUUGGACGUUCAGCAGUCAUUCCUUUUUGGCCAGCCAUCCGUCUCAUUGCAGCCCAGCUCAGCUCCAUUUACAAUGUGGCCACAGGCUUCACAAACAACGAAUAUUCCCUUUCCUUGUAACUCGGACUUAUGGGAAAGUAGGGAUCUUGACGCGUGGCUUACUUUGGCGCGAACUUAUGUAUCGCUAUCUCUCCCUUCAGCUGCUGUUAACAUCAAUAGACUGCAGGGCCUUCGAUCCGACCGAUUUGAUCACUUCCAAGCCCUUUUACUUCUGUCCUACAACUUGUCAUCUCGUGUUGAACCAGGAGACGACAACUCGAUUCUCAACGACCCACUCAGCACAUUAGUGACUGCACUGCAAGAUGGAAACGAGGAUGACCCAACAACGUCGCCUCACUCACAAACACUAUUCAGUUACCACACUCUAAUGGCCGCUCGAUAUACGCCGCUGCAUACCUUGUUGACAGUCAGUGGCGAAUCCUGGCUUUUCAAUCAGAAAAUCGUCCAGGAAGGUGAAUUCCGUAGCGCGAAGGCGAAGCUGCGACAUUGGGUAUCUGAUACGGACGAUGUGAAAAAAGCUGUAUGGCAUGCGGUGAGGGCUCUGCGCUAUGUAGUGGGCAACACUGUAUGGCAAUCGCCGAGCACAAACGCUCAGUGGCACACCAGUGGUCUGUUACCUGCUACACCAGUGGCAACUGACCCAUCAAACAUGCUCCCAACAAGCUGGGGUAUCUAUAUUUGUGUUUUGAUUUGUUGGGCCUACGGAUUCGAACCCGACAACAUACCGUCAAAUGACGGGUUAGAAGGACACCAGGCAACUAAGGCGCACGCAUACAUUUACAAUAUGAUAUCCUUAACGCCGACAUGGAAACAUGUAUCUCAAGCCAACAUCCUGUCGUCGAUACGGUGCAACAUAUACCCACUCUUACAAUACAUACGAAUGACACGGCUUCAGGAAGGCCGCAUUGGGGGCUUGCUUAAUGAAGCAAAUCGAGUGCUUGUUCGUUUAUCAGAGCCUAGAUGCGCAAACGGCGAAACCAGAGGAAUGUGGAGCUUCUAG